UGACGACAAGUGCCAUGUUUGGGACGUUGAGCAAGCGACUACUAUCGAAGCAGCGUCAUGCUGUACUCGCUCCCCACGGGGCCAUGGUGGCAUUGAUGUUCGCGGCGGCAACCUUGUCCGGGGAGACGCGCAACGAAGAGAUCAAGGAGUCGAGUGCGGAGAAGAAGAAGAAGGAGAAGAAGAAGACGCACUGGCACACGAAGCAGCGCCACGAAGAGUCGGAUCAGCAAUCCAUCCUCGUCAAGGACAGCUUGAAGAAGUACAAGGAGGACCUGACCGCAUUCGACAGCGUCGCAUCCCGCUUCGAUACGUUCGCAACGGCCAUGGCCAAAGAAAAGGACGCCAACGGCGUGCGCCGCAAGGCCAUGACGUUCACAGACUUUCUCCACUCGCUCGUGCUUCCCCGCUUCCGCCUCUCCCAUCCCCCACGCACGGCGCAGUACACGUGUCCGUUUGUGGGCGAUGCGGACGGGUUGAUUUCUUAUGAAGAAUGUCACUUGCUCUACCACUUGCUCGAGAUUCCAGUCGAGCACUUUGACGUGGCGUUCCACAUGUUUGAUCUCGACGGCAACGGCACCGUGGACAAGGCCGAGUUUCUCGAAGUGCUGUCGAGUGUACUCAACAACAUCAAGGACCUCCGCACGUCCACCUCGGAAAAAUCCACCAAAGAUGACGACGACGCUGUCCACGUGGAGGCGUCGUACCAUUUGCUGCUCCAUUUCUUUGGCAAAUCGGGCAAGAAGAAGAUCACGGGGCGGGAGUUUGUGGCUGUGGUGCAGGCGCUGAAGGAAGCGUUGCUCCGGGCAGAGUUUGAUAUGUACGCUACAUCACCGUCGGCCACGACCAAGGAAAGCACGAUCUCGGUGCACGACUUCGCGGUCACGAUGAUCUCUUGCUUUGACCCCAAGCACUUGCCGAGGAUGCUCGAUCGAUUGCACCUGCUUCGGGCCACCGAUGUACUAUAUCCUCCUAGUUCUCGUCAUCGUUUGCAUGUGUCUUGUAUGGACUGGCAUUGGCUGGUUGUUUUACGUUUGAUAUAUAUAUAUAUGUCCAAAACGAUGUGGUGGUUAUAUAUGUCGUGGACGAUGUAGUUGGUGUGUGGAUAAUAUAUAUUUAUAUAUAUACAAUAUAUAUAAUAUUUUACAACGUAUUUGCUUGGAUAUGAUGAAUAGGAACGUGUGUCGUGGACCGAGUUUCGCGAAUUCCACAGCGUGAUUCAAAACCAUUUGGCCGACAUCAGGCUCGCGUUUGAGCUGCAGCGAGGCGGCGACGAAAUCACCGAAGAUGACUUUAUCAAGGCAGCGUACAUUGUGAGCGGCGUGCGGCUGCCGGCGCAUAUCGUGUCGAUGGCGUUCCGCGUGUUCGAUUUGGAUGGCAACGGAUCCCUCGACCACGAAGAAGUGCUUCGGGUGCUGUCGGCGCGCAACAACCAAGCUGCGUUUCAUAAGUCGCACCAAUCAACGUGGUCCAAGUUCUGGGCGUGUGUGACCACGACAAGCGACUAACAAGUCUACAUCAACCAUAGCUAGUAUAUAGGAUAUGGUAGAAGGGAGUCGCGAUAAUAACACCACGGAAUGGGAC